AUGGCCGUGGUGGAGCCGACCGGCCGACCGUUGACCAUCACCGGCAAACCGGGAGCAUCCGGUGGCCGGCGUCGGUUUCCGUUGGUUAAAGCGUUGCACGCGGGUCCCUUCCCUCGCAGGCGACACGUCUUCCAGCAAGAGCCACCCCUCAGAGUGGUCCCGAAUCGCGCGCGAAUCGCUGUAAGAUCGAAUGGGGGAACGGUGGCGACCACGGUAGCGACGGCCGUUCCGCCGGCGGCCGCAGCCGCCCUCGGCUUUACGCUGGCCUGGGGCACGGCCCCACCGCCUCCGUACACCACCUACGUCGUUAGCCAUAGUCCCGCCAGUGCCGCCAUCGCGACGCACCACAAUGGUAACAAUGGUCCGGCGAACGGACACUGUAACGGCGCCACUAGCGCCAACGCCCCCAGCAACACCACCACCAACGGCAGCACCGUCAACGGCCACGUCAACGGGCACAGCGUCACGGGCACCAGCAUCAACAAUAACAACAGUAACCACUGCAGCAAUAACAACAGCACUACCACCACCUGCAAAGCAACCAACCCUUACCUGGCUGGCAUGCCAACGAGCACGUACAGUCCCUACUUUCAACCCGGCCACCUGGUACCGACCCUGCUCGGUCCCGUCUCCGAUCCGUCCAGCGUGUCGCAGCUGGGACCGGUCGUCCAGCAGGCCGUAGUCUCGACCCAGCAGAAAAUUCCACGCUCCGAUAGGCUCGAGACUGCACCCGUAUCUGCUGCGGCUGCUGCCGCCGCUGCCGCCGCCGCUGCCGCUGCUACCAUGGGCCCCCUCCAACCACCACCGCCACCGCCCGGGGCUGUCACUUCGACGAGCCAGCUGUCCCUUUCUGGUGGCCAGUCUCCCCUGGAGGUUGGCAAAAAGCGUGCAGCCGAAAAUGACAUGAUACAAAUGAUGGACAUGAAAACGAUGGGAUCUAUUUACUAUGAAAACUUUGCUUUCCCGGGCAUGGUCCCGUACAAGCGGUCGGCCGGUGAAAAGUCCGGCAUCCCCGUCUACCAGCCGGGCGCCACCUACCAGCAGCUGAUGCAACUGCAGCAGCCGUUCGUGCCAGUGUCAUGUGAGUACCCUACUAGCACCAGUACUAGCGGCGGCGCGACCGCCGCGACCUAUAUUCCACCAACAUCCAACACAGCAACCCCAAUCGCUACUAGCGCCCUGUCGAGUCUAGGCAGCAACGGUAGUAGUAGUAGCGGUAGUAUCGCGGCCGCCCUGGCCGCCGCCGUCAGCAGCGCCAGCAGCAGUCCCUACAACCCCUCGUCGAUGUUACUCGGUGGCCUGUACUACACCACCUCCGGUGGUGCGGGUGGGGCGGGAGGGGGCGGGUGGUCUGGGAGCACCAACAGUGUGGCCGCCAGCAUGCUCAACAACAACAGCCCGAAGGUGAGCAACAAGAAUGCGCCGCUGUCGAAGUCGAUGUCACUGCAGUCGAUGGCUUCGCUCAGCGGCAGCAUGGGGCACCUGGCGGGGGCCAGUGCCGGGAGUGUGACCUCCCUGGCGAACGGUCGGGAGUCGGGUGUCGAUGGUGCUGACCUGAAGGACGGCGGUACCGGUGGUAGUGCAUCGGCAGCGGCUGCAUCAGCGGCCGCCACCGACAAGGACGAUCUUCACGGUGGCGAUCUACACACCCCGACCCCGAGUGGCACUCUGUCGAGCAGCUCGCCCACGACCACUGCCGCGGCGCAGUCCUUGGCCACUGCGUCGACGCCAGCGAUGGCGGUGCCGGUGAGCAGCAGCAGCUCGCUGCAGCUGCAGUACUCGGCAGCCGCCGCGGCGGCUGCGGCGGCCGCCACUUCGGCCGCCAGCACGCUGAACCACAUGAAUCACCACCAGGCAACGGUGCAGGCGCAGUUCCAGGCGGCCCAGGUUGCCGCCGCGGCCCACGCUCAGGCACAGGCUCAGGCCAAUCACAAUGCGGCGGCGCUGGCGGCCGCCGCCCAGUACCCGAUGUCGGCCGGCUCGGCAGCCGCCCAUUACGCGGACGCCGCCAGCAUGGCGAAGGAGGUGGCGCAGAAGAACUACGCGCUGAAGCUGCACGGUAGCUCGAGCGCCCUGACCGGCAAACCCCUGACGGCUCUCGGGUACACCGGAAUGGCGCUGAACAAGAGUGGCCUGCUGCCGCAGCCAACCGCCCAGCAGUACGCAGCCUCGGCCGCCGCUGCCUCGGCGGCUUCGAAUGCAGCUACGGCGGCCGCCUAUCCACAGGCCCGUCUCAGCUCGCCAGCGAUGGCCGUGGCGGCCGCCACCCCACAGCAGCAGGCCCUUAUGGCGCCUUCGCUGACGGCCCGACCGCCACCGCCGAUCAUGGCGCAGGCCGGCGGAUAUCCGCAGCUCAUCCGGCAACAGAUGCCACCCGGCUUUGGGGCCGCUCACCAUCCGUACGCGGCCGCCGUCGCCCAGCAGCAGCUCAUGAACCAGGGCUUCAUGUACCCGGCGGCUGCCUUCUCAGCCGCCGGCUACCAGUUCCCGCAGAUGGCCCAGGCCGGUAUGGCGCCGAUGCAGGCACCGCAGGUGUCGGCCGCCGCAGCAGCCGCCGCGUCUUAA